GCACGGCAUCUACUGGUCGUGUUCUACACACAACUGUAAGUUCAAGAUCAGCAAUUAACAUAUCAAAUAUCCGCACACAUGAACAAACAGCCUUUUGUUAACUGCAAAGUCAGUCAACCUGCUGCCUGCAGGCAUUGUGGGCUGUCGUACAUGCACAUUUAUUCAGGCUGCCUUUGACUCUUUCGGAGUACUCCUGCAGAGGAUACAACGCAGAGUGGACCAAGAUGAGGACCUUUUCCCUGCUUCUGUUGGUUGCAUUUGCAGCCCUGGAAUGUGGAGAAGGCAACCACAUCAAGCGUGACAAGCGGGAGCUUUUGGCGCGUUCCAAAAGAAGGUGGGUUUUGUCUACAAUUGAAGUAGUGGAGGAAGAUAAUGGGCCAUUCCCCAAAGAAAUCUCUCGGAUGUUCAAUGACAAGACGCAUCACGAGGGGCAGAAGUACCAUAUCAGUGGAAUGGGUGUGACUGAGCCGCCGCUGGGAGUGUUCUCCAUUGAUGAAAAUACCGGAGUCGUCUAUGCCCAUAAACCUGUUGACAGAGAGGAGUUCGAUCGCUUCAAAAUCAAGUUUGAUAUCUUGAGCAAAAAGACGGAUACGGCAAUAGACAAAGAACUGGCUUUCAACGUAGACAUAAAGGACAUCAAUGACAAUGCACCGAAAUUUCAAUACUCUCAUACGAAAGCCAGCGUAAAGGAAAGUACCCAAGACACAUACUUGCCGGUGCAGCUGUUGGUCACUGACAUUGAUCAGAGGAACACAUCCAACUCUAAAGUCACCAUCAGCGUGCUUUCACAGAAGCCGGACUCUCCCAAGAUUAGUUUGAUUCAGAUUAACAACAGAAUGGCCCAACUCACCGUUGAUGGAUGUUUUGACUAUGAUAAAGUAAAUAAGUAUGAAGUUAUUGUUCAUGCAAAAGAUCAUGGAACUCCGUCCCUUUCCUCAACUGCUGUUGUUACUCUCAAUAUUGAUGACACAAACAGCCAUCAACCAACGUUUAAGGAAAAGGCGUACUACGGCCAGGUGAAAGAAUCGAUCACCAAGGACAAUGUUUUGAGGAUUGGGGUAGACGACAAAGACACUCCUAAAACUCCAGGCUGGCGUGCCAAAUACUACAUCAUUAAAGGGAAUGAGGGAGAAAACUACAAAAUUGAAACUGACCCUGAAACUAAUGAGGGUAUUCUGAGUGUCAUCAAGGGCAAAGAUUUCGAGAUGACAACUAAUACCACUCUGCUGAUCAGAGUGGAGAAUGAGGAGGAAAUUUUUUAUUGCAAAAAUAAAGCAGCUGGUGGAACAGACAAACCUCCACCUCCAAAUGAAGUCAGCGUCACAAUGAAAGUGAUAGAUAUCAAUGACCCCCCUUAUUAUGAAAAAACUGUAUUUGACGUGUACCGGAGAGAAGAGGAGGAGCCUGGAAAUGUGCUGUUCUCUCCAGUAGUUAAAGAUCCCGACUCAGACGAAUCCAAAAUCAGGCAUGUGCUGUUAGAGGAUCCAGCUGACUGGGUGAAGAUCGAUGCCAAAACAGGCAAAAUCACAACAACUAAGAAGAUGGACAGAGAGUCGCCCCAUGUUGAUAUCUACAUUUACAAAAUCGUCGUUGGUGCCAUAGAUAAUGGUGAGCCUCCAGCCACGGGAACAGCCACUGUCCUGGUCCACCUCGGUGAUAUCAAUGACAACAUCCCCACGCUGGUCAGCAAAGGCAUAAUUUUGUGUGGAAACAAGAAUAACAAAGUCAUGGUGCCUGCCAAGGAUGCAGAUGAACAUCCUUUCGGUGGGCCCUUCUCCUUCCAGCUGAAGGGUGAUGACAAAACUCUGAAACAACGAUGGAAACUAGAUCCUGCCUUUGGUGACGAAUGUGGGCUUGUUAUGCUGAAGGAACUUGCGUAUGGUAACUACUCAGUGCCCCUGACGAUCAGUGACCACCAAGGCAAGAGUGGAAGUGACACUGUGGAAGUGAUGGUGUGUGACUGUGGAGGGGGAGAUGUUUGCCAUAGCAAAGACUCGCUCUCUUCCAGGCUUGGGCCAGCGGGCAUUGGACUGCUCUUUCUAGGACUUCUAUUAUUUUUGUUGCUGCUGCUCAUCUUCCUGUGUCAGUGUGGAGAAAAGGAGUUCAAACAUAUGCCCAUGGUGCAGGAUGAGGGCAACCAGACCCUCAUCAAGUACAACCAAGAAGGAGGGGGCUCGGAAUGCAAGACUGAGCCCACUCUGCUCCUGACACCUACAACCAGUAUGACAGUGACAGAUGGCAUAAAAAUGGGCACCAUGAAGAUGUCUCAGGCGGCUCCAGUAAUGGUCCAGGAUAUGGAUGCGUACAACAGCUCAGUAUUCAACACGAUGAACUCUAACAUGAACUCAAUGGGCAUGCUGCGUCACAACACUGUCAGAAGCCAGGGCGCAGGGCAGGCCAUGUACUCUACAUGGAAUACAAACAGGUCCAGCGCCUACCAUGGACACUCAUCAAAAUACAACCACUCUUACAGCCUGUGCUCAAGUCAUAACAUCUCCGAUCACAUCGACAGGAGGCUGCACGUGAUUGAAGGAACUCAUGUAGACCACCCAAUGUACCUUCCCUACGAGUAUGCCUACGAGGGACAGGGCAGCAAAUGCCAGUCACUGGAUAAGCUGUCACUCAGCAACCUGGGAGACGAUAUGAUGUUUCUGAAUGACCUGGGGCCAAAGUUCAAGACCUUGGGAACCAUCUGUCAGCAGACAGUUACAGAAAAAAACAUACAGCUCUAAAAAGCACCGCUGCAGUGUGAUUUUUAUAUGAAGCAAAUUGCUCUGCGCUCCAAGUUUAAGAUCAUGAAUAUGGAGUGACCUUUCUGGAUCUUGGAAGAAAAGACAAACAACAAUUGCUGGAAUUUGUACUUGUGCCUUUCGGACUAAAACAUCUCACAUAUCUAAAGCCUGAUAUUGUACACGCACAUCUAUCCACAAAACAAGGAUUAUGUUUACAGAGGCUGUAUUUUUCUUGCUUACAGAUGGAAUGAAUGCACUGCACAAACUGUCAUGCUCUGGUGAUUUUGAAAUGUUACGUUUCGACAGUGAAUGGGUGUGUUUGCUUGUUGCUGUUUUUUUUUUACUUUGCUACUUUAUGAGUAAGUCCUGUCAUGUCCCAGCACUUUUAGCAGCACAUCAUUUGUAACUCUAGAGGUUUUAUAGGGCAGUUUUAUUUUUUAUGUCUCAAACUGUAAGUUUAUCUGUGUAAACUGGAAUAUUUCAAAUGUAUAUAAGAUGUUUUAUUUCUGCCUAUCACUCUCACAAGAGUGAUAGGCAGUAUCUGUGAAUCUGGUUGAAAUCUGUGUUGUUCAACAGUAACUGGACAGUGGUGCUGUCACUGAGGUACUGUAAAUGUUUGUGGCCUGUUAAUGACCUGGUGAUACAGUGGUGUUGAAUUUGCACAGCUUGUGUUGCAACAAUAUUCAUUCCUUGCUUUGUUUUCUUGUGUACAUUAUUGCAUCUGCUGUCUUAAAGGUCCAGUGUGUAGGAUUUAGGGGGAUAUAUUCACAGAUGUAAUUAAAUGUUUUGGUAUCUCAGAAUGAGCUUUUUAGUGUACAUAGGGAGCGGGUCCUCGUCCACAGAGUCCAUCAUGUUACAUCGUCAUGUUUCUACAGUAGCCCAGAACGGAAAACCCAAAUACUAGAGGCUCUAGAAAGGGCCAUUAAUGUUUUUCGUGAUGGCCACUGUAGUCAGCAGCCCCUCCGCUUUGAGCACCAUCAUAAAAACACAGAUUUUCAUACAUUAAACUCCUUUAUUCCACAUUUUAAGUCGUUUAAAUGUUUUGGAGAGAAAAAGACCUCUGCUGAUAAUUAAGCUACCGUUAAAGGCCUUCCGAAUGUCUGAGAUCGUAUGUUAUCAGAGAAAAACGGUUGGCACACAUUAGCAGGUGCUGAACUACUGGCCUGUUUGCAUGAGCUGCGUCAGAGACCGAAUUAUUUGUACCUGAAUCUGCUCAGUAACAACCUCUUGAAUAGUGAACACUGAAGGAAUCCUGAGUGGGAGGUCACGCCUGCCGCAUGGGAGAAGUUUUAGCUGGUUGCAAUCUGCAAUCCUCAUUGCUUGAUGUCACUAAAUCCUACACACUGCUCCUUUGAAAAUGUGUUUCAAAAAACAAAUUGAAAUGGAAAGAGGUUGCAUUUGUCCUCACUAAAAGAUAUGCUGGUAGCAACCUUGUGGGUGAAAUUUUUUUACUUGGAGAGGGGGAAAAGAAGUGUUCAUUUGUUG